CACGAGACAGGUAGAGCCAUCUGAGGGGCUGCACGCUGGGAAGCCCUGCGGUUUCGCUUCAUGUGGUCUGGAGGCCGCGAUAAAGACUCAUUAGAGCCGAGGCUGCGUCUGUCGGGCGGCGGAUGUGCCAGUGUUUACAGCGUCACUAAACUCUGGAAUCCUUCAGACCCUCAGGUGCCUCCAUGACUUUAUCUUCAUCCCUGACCUGAAACCAGCAGCUGGACUGAAGCAAAGAUGUCUGAGAUUUGAUGGAUGAUUUGGAAAACGAUGGGCUGAAGUCAGCAGGCCGGAUAUUUAGUUGGUCAGUCAGCAGCUGGAAGAAGAACGACGAGCAUCAGCCGUCCAGACAUGGCGUGGCUCCAUCAGAGUCGAGGUUCUCCCAGACUCGUCCUGGUUGUGGUUUGUGUUGCUCUGCUGCUCGACAACAUGCUGCUUACUGUGGUCGUGCCGAUCAUCCCAACCUUCCUCUAUGCCAUGGAGCACCCCAGUCCUGAGCCCCAGACCGCCCAGCCCUCCCUGCUCCCUCUACCCGGCCUCGGUGCAUCCCGCCUGGGCACCGCGCCCUCACAGCUCCCCUCCUCCGACCUUCCACGGCUGCCUCAGCCCAGCCGCGGUGCUCCAGUCCUGGGUACGGAGUCGGAGCAGCCUCCCUCCACCUUCCCUCCUCUGGUGUCUCUGUUUGACAACUCGACCUUCAGCCUGCAGGAGAACCGGGCCGAAGCCACGCCGGACACCAAACCUAUGGACCCGACUGAACCGACCUCGGAGGUCAACGACACUGCUGAGUCCUCCUGUCUUCAGGACAGUGUUUUUCUUGAGGAGGAAAAUGUUCGAGUUGGUUUGUUGUUUGCUUCUAAAGCUCUCGUCCAGUUGCUUGUCAACCCGUUUGUUGGUCCGCUCACCAACAGGAUUGGUUACCACAUCCCCAUGUUUGCUGGUUUCAUCAUCAUGUUUGUGUCGACCAUCAUGUUUGCAUUUUCAGGAACCUACGCUCUGCUGUUCUUCGCUCGGUCUCUGCAGGGAAUCGGCUCGUCCUUCUCCUCAGUGGCAGGUCUGGGGAUGUUGGCCAGCGUUUACACCGAUGACGAGGAAAGAGGCAUCGCGAUGGGCGUGGCUCUGGGAGGACUGGCCAUGGGAGUCCUGAUCGGAGCUCCAUUCGGCAGCGUGAUGUACGACUUUGUGGGGAAGAGCGCCCCCUUCCUGAUCCUCGCCCUCCUGGCCGUGUUUGACGGAGCAUUGCAGCUUUGCAUCCUGCAGCCUUCAAAGAUCUCUCCUGGGAGUGUGGAGGGAACGCCGCUACUGACGCUGCUGAAAGAUCCGUACAUCCUCAUCAGUGCUGGCUCUCUGUGCUUCGCCAACAUGGGCGUGGCCAUCCUGGAGCCCACACUGCCCAUCUGGAUGAUGCAGACCAUGUGCUCCCCUAAAUGGCAACUUGGUAUGGCCUUCCUCCCUGCCAGCAUCUCCUACCUGAUCGGAACAAACCUGUUUGGAGUUCUGGCCAACAAGAUGGGACGGUGGCUCUGCUCCAUGUUGGGGAUGUUCAUUGUUGGAGUCAGUCUGCUGUGUGUUCCUUUUGCCACCAGCAUCUACGGUCUGAUUGGACCAAACGGAGGUCUGGGCUUUGCUAUCGGUAUGGUGGACUCCUCCAUGAUGGCCAUCAUGGGUUACCUGGUCGACAUCCGCCACGCCUCCGUCUACGGCAGCGUCUACGCCAUCGCUGACGUGGCUCUGUGUAUGGGCUUCGCUAUCGGGCCGUCCACAGGGGGCGCUCUGGUCCAGGCAGUGGGUUUUCCCUGCCUCAUGGUGUUUAUCGGAGUCAUCAACAUCCUGUACGCUCCACUCUGCUUCCUGUUACGUAACCCUGAAGUCCGAGAGGAGAAAAUGGCCAUCAUCGACCAGGAGUGUGUGAUGCACAGGAAAAGCUACAACACACACAAGGAGAGUCGAGAGUUUCCUCUGAGCGACUACAGUGAAGAAGAAGAAGAAGAAACAGAGGAGUGACACACAAAGACACACGCAUAGACACACACACAUAGAUACACACACGUAUACACACACACAUAGAUACACACAUGUAUACACACAGACACAGACACACACACACAGAUACACACACAUCCCUGCGUGUCCAUGUUCUCUCCAUGUUCUUCUUCAGACGUGUUCACUGUAAUGUUCUCUGAUAUCAGAUAAUAAACUGGUUCCACUGCAGGACGCCUCGUUAACUACAGCUGGUGGUUUGCUAAGCCCCGCCCUCCAGCCUGCCAAGCCCCGCCACUCCAGUCUGUCAAGCCCCGCCCAUCCAGUCUGCUAAGCCCCGCCCCUCCAGUCUAAUUGCCUUCACUAAUUAUUAUAUAUUAUUAUAGCAGAAUCAUCCUGACAUCAAACAUGAACCAGGAUGAACGUCAUGAUGGAGAUCACUGAGAUGUCAGAUGAUUCCAGAGAACAUCAGCUCACUGUCAGGACCAUCCAUCCACUGUGGUCCACUUGGUCAGGUUCUCACCAACAUCUGGACUCUACCUGAGCCCAAAUAAGCUAUCUCCAUCUGACCAAAGAUCAGCUCUGAUUAGUGGUACCAUGACUCUUUCUAUACCUCUUGAUUAGUGGUUCUAUGGUGCUAAUGUUAAUCCUCCCUGUAGGCAGAAUGCUAGUUAGCCUUACAUGCUAACAUUAGCUUUAACAGUUUAACAAAUCAGACAUUGUUGUUCAGGUGUGUUUUUGUUUUGUAAAGACUCUAUUAGGGUUUAGUUUAGUAAACAACCAGCUGCUGUUGAUGAGACUAAAGUUAUUUUUGUACAGUGAAUAAAUUCUCCUCCAGUGGUUUGUCAACGUUCUGACUCUACGUAUCUCAGACGGUGGAACAGAGGACGUUCUGCUUUAAGUCGUUAACUUUAGAGAUCGUUUCGUUAAUUAAAGGGAUUUAUUGUGAGUUUAUUUUAAAGACGUGCUGAUGUGAACCUGACUUUUGACCUAUAACCAUUAAAACCUGCUUCACCCGAA